GAACUGAGUGUAUUGGAUUUGCCGUGAUUGCUUCGGAUUCCUGGAACUAUAGGGAAAAUCGCAGAGUUCGAACAACUUUGGUCCGAGAAGACGGGGCAUGGGCACCUGGAUCUAAAAUUCUGCUGGUCUUUAAUCAACCGACUUCAAUUGUAAACUCUGGAAUGAAUCGCGCCAAAGUCACGAAAACGUGUACACAUAACGGAGAAACAUGUGCUUAUGUUAUCGAAACCAAUAAUUAUGAUGUGACAAACCUGGAGAUUCAAAUUGAUGUACCCAAGGCAUCGAGAUAUGGCAAAGGCGUCAAAGUAGGAUCAGCGUAUUUCCAAAACGAAUACGGAUGUUCCAAUAUUGAUUCGUGUAAUUUAGGAAUGGAAAUCGAGGAAGACCCAAUAAUAACAAGUGGUAUAGAAAAUGGCAAAGUUGUGUUGAAGGCCUCAAUUAAAUUGGCAUCAAAAAGUCGUAAACGUCGCCAAGCAGAUUGCAUAGAGGGAGAGACUUGUACUGAAAGACCGGUUGAAGUCACAACAAAAUCAACAACUGCAAGCAUUGCCUGUCCAGGAUGUCAAGACGAAGUUAAUUGCCCGGGCGACGCAGGUUAUAACGAGGAAUGGUGCAUUGCGGCAGCUGCAGGGACUGGAGGAGGAACUGAGGGAGGAGGAACUGAGGGAGGCGAAGCAACAAUAACGUGUCCGGGAUGUCAAAAAGAAGUUAAUUGCCCGGGCGAUGCAGGUUAUAACGAGGAAUGGUGUAUUGCGGCAGCUGCAGGGACUGGAGGAGGAACUGAGGGAGGCGGAGCAACAAUAACGUGUCCGGGAUGUCAAAAAGAAGUUAAUUGCCCGGGCGAUGCAGGUUAUAACGAGGAAUGGUGCAUUGCGGCAGCUGCAGGGACUGGAGGAGGAACUGAGGGAGGCGGAGCAACAAUAACGUGUCCGGGAUGUCAAGAAGAAGUCAAUUGCCCGGGCGACGCAGGUUAUAACGAGGAAUGGUGUAUUGCGGCAGCUGCAGGGACUGGAGGAGGAACUGAGGGAGGCGGAGCAACAAUAACGUGUCCGGGAUGUCAAAAAGAAGUUAAUUGCCCGGGGGAUGCAGGUUAUAACGAGGAAUGGUGCAUUGCGGCAGCUGCAGGGACUGGAGGAGGAACUGAAGGAGGCACCGGUGGAGGAACUGAAGGAGGCACUGAUGGCGGAACUGAAGGAGGCAUUGGUGUAGGGACUGAAGGAGGCACUGGUGGUGGAACUGAAGGAGGCACUGGUGAAAAUGGAAAUGGUGAGGAGGCUGGAUUCAAUGCAAUCGUUGAAUUUGAAUGGUUUGCUGGAUCUAAGGUGAUAAAAGAGGAAGUAUUUAAAGAACCUCCGUAUGUGUCCACUUUGGAAGAAGAGGAUAUAAAAGAGAAUAUUGGAAAGGAGAUUACAAUCGUCGUCAAAGCUAAGGAAGACCCAAGCAAGCCGUUUGGCUGUCCAGUCUCACCAAAAGAGCCCGUCGUUGCUGGAGUUGAGAUAUCAACUGAGACAAGCGUUGAUAUAAAGGAGGGAGGUGAAGUGGGCUAUGUUAAAAUAAAACCUACUUUACCCCCAACGGACAAUAUAACCAUACAGGUUGGUAUAAAUUCUAAAACAAGCGGCUUCAGACCAGUGAAGAUCCUAGGUACAAAUGAAGAGAUUCCUCAACUGAUUGUUGAGUAUUCAGGUUCUGGGGCUGUCCCAUGUGGCGUGACAUUUACCAAAGAUAAUUGGGAGGAGGGCCAGCUUAUAGGGUUCAAGGCCACACAGGACUUGGUGUAUGAUAGAGACCAGACUGGUACAGUAGACUGGAUGAUCACAUCAUCUCCUGAACUCUGGAAGGAAUGUACAAUCGAAGAAACGGAGAUCAGGGUGCGCGAUGGUGAUGUGCCAAGGGCUCGAGGAAUGUCUGUUAAUGACCCACAUAUCACUACAUUUGAUGGGAAAUUCUACAACAACUACCUUCGUGGAGAGUUCGUCCUCUACCGAAACAAGGAGGCAAAUCAAGAGGUCCAUGUGUUCUAUGAGGAGUGUGGGCGGGGUAGCCAGGCAAGUUGCAAUUGUGGUGUUGCAAUUAGGAGUGGCACGUUCGUCUUUCUGCUGCACAAAUGCAUGAGGGCACGAUAUUGGGUUGAGAAAACGUUCGGAGAAGAGAUACCAACAGGUUUCAUGAUUGUACCAAAACCUGCAAAAACCAGACAGCGAUAUGAUGUCCACCUCCCAACAGGUACCCGAAUAGAGAUACGUAAAAGUAACGUAUUUAUUAAUGUCUGGGUUCAACCAUCACCGGCUGAUUUCGAGAAGACAGAUGGAUUACUAGGAUUCUUUGACAAGAAUCCCAGAAACGACUUGAAAAUGCCCAAUGGUAAUGUAUUCAAAGGACGCUUCGAUGCACAUCAGCAACCAAUUGCAUUCAUCAAGGCUUGGAGAGUAGCACGGACUAACUCCUAUUUUUCUGAACUGAAUGCUGAUCAGCUGAAAGAAUAUACUGCAGUUAAAAAGUCGGACAGAACAUUCUGUAAAUGCAUCAUCGAAAAUGGCAGGAUUGAAAGCUCUUGCCAACAUAAGACUGAUGUUAUCGCCAAACACAGACCCAAUGCGGAAGAAGAUGUAACCGAGGAAAUGGUUGCGAGAACACGCCGCAAAAAAGAAAGAAACGCAAGAAGAAGGAAGAACAGAGGGAAAAGACAGACAACAGACCCUGAAAAUGAAAAUGUGUUUGAGUACGAUGAAAACUUUGAAGCAAAGGACAUUUCGUGGCCAAACAAUGGUUGGACAAAUGAAUCUGCGACUGAAUUCUGUAACGAAUAUUUGACUGAAUCUACAAUAGGCAAAGGCUGUACUACAAUACCGAAUGUCGAUAUCAAUGUGGAGCUGCAAUCAUGUGUCCUUGAUAUUCAGUUGGCUGGCAACACAGACUGGGCAGAGGCUGCAUUGUCAUCCCUGAUGCAAAAAUGCGAAAACGAAAUUAAACAGAACGAUGAAAAUAGCGACGAUGCAGCAAAGGUUUUAGGUAAACUGUGUCCAAACAAUUGUAAUGGUCAAGGCGAGUGUAUUGAGGGGAAUUGUAAGUGCAACUACGGUUACAUUAGCGAUGAUUGUUCAGUAGACAAAUCCCAAGCCCCGACGUCGUUGGAAUUUGACGACGAACCCGUGUGUGAUCAAACAGAAGAGGAUUGCCUUGAAAUAACCAUAUUAGGAACUGGAUUUGCUGACACACCCGAUUUGACAUGCAAGUGGGAAGCCAUGCAGAUUCACAAUGGCAUGACUGUUGUACACAAUGUCUACACACAACCAGCGACUAUGCUCGCCUUUGAUCAAGUUAUCUGCAAACUAGACAAAUCUAAAUCGAAGAGAGACAUCGGAGCGCCAGUAUCAAGUGGUUAUCUAAUUAGUAUCAGUAAUGAUGCUGAAACGUACGGAGAGAAACUCCGAUAUAUUCUCUACGACUCGACGUGCAUGGAUUGCUCUGCAGAAGGAGCGUGUACUCAUAAGAGAGACACGUGCUUUAUAGAUACACGGUGCUAUGUCCAUGAUGAUCUAAAUAGUGCUGAUGAUUGUGAAAGGUGCGACAGUGUAGCCAGUCAAACUUCCUGGACCAGGUCGAAAGCUGCUGAAUGCAACAAUCUUCAUGGGACCAACAUUGUCAUCAUUGUCGUAAUCGUUGUCCUAACUGCCAUCUGCCUCAUCGUGGCCAUUGUAGCAGGAGUUCUCCUGUCCCGCCACAAUAAGAAAAGUAAAAUCCAAGAAGAUAAUGGAAAUACUUUAACACGAGCCCAGAAAACAUAUGGAUACGUCACAGCGUAGAUAUGAACAAUUACAAUAUGAACAAUUACUGUAGGCUACUAGUUAGUACUCCUAAGUCAACAAGAGAAACAUAAAUCCAAUCUGUAAUGCAAAUGGUCUCAUGGAAUUCUGAAUUAUUGUACUUCAUAUCAUUUCUCAAAUCUAUUGGGAACCAUUACGUAUGCAUGAACACGUUUCAGGAGUAAUCGUAUCGCUCCUCUCUCGUGGGUGCUGUUGGGAGUGACUGUUGCGGGACCAUCUAAACAUAUCUGAUAACUUUUAAUUA